AGGUCAGUAAACAAUUUCCUGAUGACUGGUCCAAAAGCUUACCUGAUCUACUCCAGCAGUGUGGCAGCAGGUGCUCAGAGUGGUAUUGAAGAAUGCAAAUACCAGUUUGCCUGGGACCGCUGGAACUGCCCUGAGAGAGCCUUGCAACUUUCCAGCCAUGGUGGACUUCGAAGUGCUAAUCGGGAGACAGCAUUUGUACAUGCCAUCAGUUCUGCUGGAGUCAUGUACACUCUGACCAGAAACUGCAGCCUUGGAGAUUUUGACAACUGUGGAUGUGAUGACUCCCGCAAUGGGCAACUGGGGGGUCAAGGUUGGCUGUGGGGAGGCUGCAGCGACAACGUGGGCUUCGGAGAGGCAAUCUCCAAGCAGUUUGUGGAUGCCCUGGAAACAGGACAGGAUGCCCGGGCAGCCAUGAAUCUUCAUAAUAACGAGGCCGGCCGUAAGGCGGUGAAGGGCACCAUGAAACGCACGUGUAAGUGCCACGGCGUGUCUGGCAGCUGCACCACACAGACCUGCUGGCUGCAGCUGCCUGAGUUCCGCGAGGUGGGCGCGCACCUGAAGGAGAAAUACCACGCGGCUCUCAAGGUGGACCUACUGCAGGGUGCUGGCAACAGCGCUGCCGGCCGCGGCGCCAUCGCCGACACCUUCCGCUCCAUCUCCACCAGGGAGCUGGUGCACCUGGAGGACUCCCCAGACUACUGCCUGGAGAACAAGACGCUAGGGCUGCUGGGCACUGAAGGCCGGGAAUGCCUGCGGCGCGGGCGGGCUCUGGGCCGCUGGGAGCGCCGCAGCUGCCGCCGUCUGUGCGGGGAUUGUGGGCUGGCGGUGGAGGAGCGCCGCGCGGAAACCGUGUCCAGCUGUAACUGCAAGUUCCACUGGUGCUGUGCUGUCCGCUGUGAGCAGUGCCGCCGGCGGGUCACCAAGUACUUCUGUAGCCGCGCAGAGCGGCCGCGGGGAGGCGCUGCGCACAAACCCGGGAGAAAACCCUAA